GUCCUUGAGAAGAGAUGAGGGUCAUGAAGGUUCAACAGAUCUCACACCACGUGUUCAUUAUCCUUCUGGCUGUCACCGUCCGAUCUCAAGUCAACCCAGAAAUGUGUCGAUAUCCUCUCGGUAUGACCGGCGGGCAGAUUCAGGACGAGGACAUCUCUGCUUCCAGUCAGUGGUCUGAGUCAACUGCUGCAAGAUUUGGCAGGCUCGACUUAGACAACGGAGACGGGGACGGGGCCUGGUGUCCUUACAUCAUGUCGGAGCCCGACGGCCUCAAAGAGUAUCUCCAGGUGGACCUGCGUUCACUGCACUUCAUCACGCUGGUGGGCACCCAAGGCCGCCACGCCGACGGCAUGGGCAAUGAGUUUGCCCAGCGAUACAGGAUCAAGUACAGCCGCGACGGCAGCAACUGGGUGGGCUGGCAUGACAGGAAGGGAAGCCAGGUCAUCGAGGGGAACCGAAAUGCGUACGACGUGGUGCUGAAGGACCUGGAGCCUCCCAUCAUUGCUCGUUUCGUCCGCUUCAUGCCUGUGACGGACCACUCCAUGAUCGUGUGCAUGAGAGUGGAGCUCUACGGAUGUGAAUGGCUGGAUGGCUUGAUGUCUUAUAGCAUUCCAGAUGGGCAGGAAAUGAUCUACAGAGGCCUGGAUGUCUACUUUAAUGACUCUGUGUAUGAUGGAGCAUCAGCUGAAAGACUGACAAAGGGCCUCGGCCAGCUGACAGAUGGCACCUGGGGUCUGGAUGAUUUCCUCCACAGCCACAUAUAUGGCAUGUGGCCGGGCUACGACUACGUGGGCUGGAAUAACAAGAGCCUCCCCAAGGGUUACGUGGAGAUGAUCUUUGAGUUUGACCGCGUCAGAAACUUCACUUCCAUGAAGGUUCACUGCAAUAACAUGUUCAGCCGCGGGGUGAGGAUGUUCAGACAGGCCACCUGUUACUUCCGGUCAGGAUCCGACUGGGAGGCUGACCCCGUGACCUUCAGACCCACCAUCGAUCGCGUGAGCCAAGGGGCCCGUUUCAUCACCGUGUCCCUCGGCGACCGCACAGCCAGCGCCAUCAAAUGCCGUUUCCACUUCAGUGAUCUUUGGAUGUUGUUCAGUGAAGUUGCCUUUCAGUCGGGCUCAGCUGUGUACAACACUUCUCUGAGACACCCCACCAACACACUGCCAGGCGAGGAUCCUACCCAUAAAGUGGAUGACAGCAACACCAGGAUACUGAUUGGCUGCUUGGUGGCUAUCAUUGCAAUCCUUUUGACUAUCAUAGUCAUCAUCCUGUGGAGACAGGUCUGGCAAAAGAUGCUUGAGAAGGCGUCCCGUCGCCUCCUGGACGAUGAACUCACAGCCCGCCUGGCGGUCCAGACCCAGGCCUUCUCCUCCCACCACUCCUCUCUGUCCAGCGAGAGUGUCUCCACCGCCACGUAUGAGAGAAUCUUCCCGCUCUGCUCCGACUACCAGGAGCCUUCCCGCCUCAUCCGGAAACUACCCGAGUUCGCUCAGUCAACCGAACACAUCGGGCCCAGCACCUCCUGCGGUGGCCUUGCAUCCGGUGGCCUUGCAUCCGGUGUUUCGGACGGUGCGCCCCACUACGCCGAGGCAGACAUCAUCAGCCUGCAGGAGUCCUCAGACAGCAGCACCUACUCCAUCACAGCUGUCACCAUGAAUCUCUUUGCUGGCAGCGAUUCAUCCAUGAGGGAGUUCCCCAGAGACAAGCUCACCUUCAAGGAGAAGCUGGGAGAGGGCCAGUUCGGAGAAGUGCACUUAUGUGAGGCAGAGGGCAUUCAGGACUCGUUGGAUGAGGAUUUGUCCACAGAGGAAAAGAGUGACUCACCUCUGCUGGUUGCUGUGAAAACACUGCGGGAAGAUGCCAACAAGAACGCGAGGAAUGACUUCCUGAAGGAGAUCCGAAUCAUGUCUCGCCUGAGGGAUCCCAACAUUGUCCGUCUGCUGGCCGUCUGUGUGGACACAGACCCUCUGUGUAUGAUCACUGAGUACAUGGAAAAUGGAGACCUGAACCAGUUCCUCUGCAACCUCAGGCUGAAAGAGGCUGUCGAGGAAAACAAGAUGGAUCGAGGGGGGACAGAAGGGGAGAGUAUGGUCAGCUACAGUAAACUAAUUGGCAUGGCUGUGCAGAUUUCAUCCGGAAUGAAGUACUUGUCCUCUCUCAACUUUGUCCACCGGGAUCUGGCGACACGCAACUGCCUGGUGGGUAAGAACCACACCAUAAAGAUCGCAGAUUUUGGCAUGAGCCGGAACCUGUACCGAGGGGACUAUUACAGGAUCCAGGGCCGGGCCGUCCUGCCCAUCCGCUGGAUGUCCUGGGAGAGCAUCCUGCUGGGGAAGUUCACCAUGGCCAGUGACGUGUGGGCCUUCGGUGUGACUCUGUGGGAGAUUCUGACUCUGUGUAAGAAGCAGCCCUACUCUCAGCUGUCUGACGAGCAGGUCAUUGAAAACACAGGCGAGUUCUUCAGGGACCAGGGCAAGCAGGUGUACCUGCCCAAGCCUCACCGUUGUCCCGACCGUGUCUACAAUGAGCUCAUGCUGGGCUGUUGGAGGAGGAACGCCAAGCAGAGGCCGAGCUUUCAGGAGAUACACACUCAGCUGACAGAGACCUUGGCUUAGUAAAUGGAGCUGAUGAUUUCUCUCCAAAGUGAACAUUCACAUUUGCUGCCUUCAGUCUGGAUCUUUCUGAAAUUCACGUGGAGUUGAAAAAACUCCCAUUUGAUUGUAGCCUCCUUGCCACAAUUGAGCUGUAAAUAACGAGAUAUGAGUAAAACGUAUACACUUGAACUUGUAGAUAUAUAAAUUAGCACUUUUCACACUUCUCUGUGUAUUUAUUAAUUUCUUAUCUCCUGUGCUGUGUCUAUUUAUAGAGUCUUAUGGUAAUAGGGUGUUAAACCCAAUUGGGAAUAUUGUUUGUAUUUCUUUUGCAUUCAUUCACCUAAUUCUAUUGCACAUUCAUUAUAGGAUGUCAGUACAGUUGUGUGACGUUUUAUCUUGUUUAUAUUUAAAUGACAAUGACAGGAUUUUUACUCUGCAGCAGUUUUCUGAUAUGUUUUAUAAACAUGUUAAUGUUCUUUUGCAGAAGUUUAUUAACUGUACGUUGUUGAAGAGUAGCAAAGAACAAACCAAGGAUCCCGGUUAAUAAAGAAAAUGAAGGUU